AUGCAAAAAACCGCUUAUUCGCCGAUGACGAAUGGAGCCUUACGUUCACAUAAGAUAUUGAAGGAGUGUUUGAGGAACUUUAGUGAUGAAAAACAAGAGAAUUGGUGUGAAAUGUUGAGUUAUGCUAUGUAUAUGUAUAACACAACACCACACACAGCACAUAAAUUUACGCCGUACGAAUUAGUAUUUGGUAUACAACCGGUUAUUCCAUCAAGUUUUUUGAAACCACCAACGUCAGAUUAUAAUUACAAUGAUUACGUAAGUGAUUUGAGAACUCGUAUGCAGGAAGCAAGACAAAUGGCAAAAAAACAUUUAAUUGAGGCAAAAUUAAAAUCGAAAUCUAAUUACGAUAAACACAUUAAUCCGAUAGAAUUAGAAAUAGGAAAUAAGAUACUUAUGAAAAAUAUGAAAAAGAAAAAUAAGUUAGAACCUAAUUGGAUAGGUCCAUAUGAAAUCGUUGAGGUACAUGAACCUGUACAUGUGUCGAUUAGGAAAAAUAAUAAAAUAAUAAGAGUACAUACGAACCAUUUACAAUUAUUGAACGAAAUGAGCAAUUAA